UGAAGUUUGAAAAAUGGGAAAAAAUACCGAGGGAUGAUGAGAGAGAAGGGUAGAGUGGAAAGACUGACUUGCAAUACUUUCUCAAGCAGAAAUGGUACAUGUCUUACACUAAUCAGUGCAACACUCUCUAUCAGGACAAAGCAAAAAAACGGAAAAUGAAAGUGUCAAGAUUACCUCGUUGUCACACACGCACACGCACGCACACACACACACAUACACACACACAUACACACACACAAACACACACGCACACAUACACACACACACAAACAAACACACACACACGCACACAAACACAUAUAUACACAUACAAACACACGCACACGCAACUGAGAGACUAUGUGCAGAAGAGAUGUAAACAGUGUGCGCGCCUACCGCAGCAAUACACUCCGUCUCAGCCGCCGUCACUGCUGCAAACGGAGGCGAUUUGA